AUGUCCCACCAGAAUCAGAAUUAUUACGGCGCCCCCGGUCGUCAAAACCAGCAACAUUACACGCACUAUCCUUCCCAAAGGCCUACAUCAACUACCCCCGCCGCCCAGUACACCUCGCAAAGCCAGCCCGUGUCGCAGCCAUUCUCGUCAUAUUCGACGCAAGCGUAUGCACCCUCUGGAACGUACAAUCUGUCAGACUAUCAGUACGGGUCGACGAACUAUGGCUCUGCUUCCGGGACAUCUGCUGCAGCAAGGAACAAUGCCUCUGCAGAUUUGCAAAACGUAGCAUAUGCGUCUGGUCUCCAUGAUACUGUCCAGCGUGCCUCCGCCCAGUCAAGCGCUGUAAAUCAAGCAAUAUCCUCGACGCAGCCGCAGCACGUGUCGUACUCCAACAAUUCUUACUCAACCUACAGCCAGCAGCAACAACCACGUCCAAAGAGCGUCAAUUCUCUUGCAGGAAGGCGCGAACAGCGAUCUCCCCAUCAGUCGAACCAGUCGAACAAUUCGGGAUUGCCCCUUCCAAAGACGGCGUUGCAGCCCUCCGGGUCCCAGCCUUUCAGCAUUCACCAACGUGCUGUAACCUCACCGCAGAAUUCCAACGCUUACCGCACGCCGACGGUGGUACAGCAAUCUGCUGUACAGUCAAUCGACAAUCCUCCCCGCACAUCACCAACCGUGACACAGACACAGCCAGCGGCAACUUCUACGGCGUAUCAGUGGAACAAUCAGCAACAUACACACUCCGGAUCGCGUGAUUACGAAACGGUCGAUCCAACACAGGUUUACGACCCGUGGCCGGAGAUACAAAGGAAGCGCGAGGCCGCGCGCGCCGCGAAAGCUUUGGAAGAGCGCGCUCAGGCAGAGCGGCAAAGAGUUGCGCGGGAAAAGGCUGAGAGGGAAGCUCGAGAGGCCGAGGAGGCCGAGGAAGCCCGCAAGGCGGAAGAAGCCCAUGCACUAGAAGAACGUAGGAAGGCGGAAGAAGAGGAAAAGGCAGAGCAGAAAAGGCGAGAAGAGGAACGAAGAAGGGAGGCUGAGGCAGUGCAUCAAUCUCAGAGAGAACACGACCAACGAAAGAAAGCGAACACAAAAACCAAGAUGACAAAGGCUCUAGCUGUCGCGGAUUCUUCGUCACCCGCUCAAGCGGGCUCGACUGAAGUCGAGGUACAAAUGAGAGCGUUAAUGGCACAAAUGAGGCAACUGAACAGCAAAGAUCCAGCGCUGUUGGCAAAAAUUUGGGAAGAAGAAAGGCAGAAUCAUGCCCAACCAAGUCAACCCGCUCAGCAAACUGUGCAACCGCCGACACCAUCGACACAGAAGCCUGGUAAACCACCUGCUCAGAAGAAAACGUCAACAAGUCAGCCGCAACCGAAUGCGCAAGCGCAACCCUCGAGUGCGCCUAUGGCACCCAUGCAUGCCCAGCAGGCACCCAUGCAUGCCCAGCAGGCUCCCAUGCAUGCCCAGCAGGCUCCCCAAGAGCUUUCUCAAGCACGACAUACACCCCAACAGCAACAGCAACAUCAAACGCAACAACAGUCGGUCGGGAAAUCGAGAAAGGAAGCUGCAAAUCCUCGACAGCCCAAUAGGCGUAUGCCACCGACGGGGACAACCGCUUGGCCAAACGAUAAAAAGGAUCAGAUCUCGAACGCAGCAGCAGCUUGGCUCAAUGCAAUUCCAGAGAAUCAUGACAAACAGGUUACUCCCCAGGAAAUCCUCGACUUACUUAAUCGAAACCCGAGAUACAUAGAAUUAUGUGAAUGGCUUGAGUCUCAGGGCAUGAAACUGGAACGAGCCUCGUUCGCAAGAGCUUUGCUUCAAGCCGUGCCAGACAUAAACAAGCCAGGGCAGAAUCAAGCGCAGGCUCCUCCAGCCAGCCGGGUUAACGGCAAAGCAGCCCCAUCCUCUACAGAGAAUGUUAAGAGCUCAGAGCAGCAUGGCCCCAAAAUCGGCCAUGCUGCCAACUAUCCGAAUGUUCCAUCCGGCCGCCCGGGCACUGUUGGCGACCACUUGCAGAGUGCCCAAUCACCGUACCCACCCCCAGACCAACCUCAGUAUCGAAGUCCGUACUUCGUUCCGACAAAUGCUGGCACGCCAAGCUCUGUACCUGCUGCGUUUCCGACACCACCGCCGCAGGUGCCGGUCGCGCCAAUGCAUCAUAAUCGGCAUGACAGGCAAAACUCCGGAAGCAGGCAAGCCUCCUCACAGCGAGAAGAAAGCCAAAAGCCAGCGACAAAAGCCGAUGCGGCAAGAAAGAGAAACUUCCAUGAGAUGGUCGAUUUGACGCAGCUGUCCGACGAGGAAGAGCCGCCCGCCAAGAAGGCAGGCUUCAACAACGAUAUUGUGCCUACCUGGGCCCCUGCGCCAGGCGCUAUCUUCUACCCGCAAGCACCUAGGCCGAUCAACAUUCACAGCGGAAACUUGCCACCCGUGGUGCACUUCGACGACAAGAUCAAGAGCAUGGAUGUGGUCCAAAUCUUGAACCGUAAACACGCUCUUCGCAGAUCGGCGUAUGAAGUCAAAACCAUCGCUCGGGACGUCCUGCUGGCAACCGGGAAGCACCCGGAAAUGCGGCCUCUCAAUGGGCACCUUGAGGUUCUCAAGGGAACUUUCAAAAGAGUCGACAACUUAUCCGACCUGAGCACGCUUAGGUGGGAUCUGAUCGAUCCAGGCGAUCCGCCUCCAGAAGCGCUUGCACCUAGCGUGAUUGAGAUAGAGGACGAGGAUGCAGACGAUGAGGAAGAAGACGUGGUGAUACAAGAACAGCCACAGCCACAGCCACAGCCGCAGCCGCAGCCGCAGCCGCGCCCAGCUCAUCCCGAACCGAAAGCGCCGUCACCCGAUCGCGCGAGCUCAGCUGGCCUGCCAGCUAUCCCAUCGCGCUCUGUCCCAUCGUCUACUCCUCAACCAGUGGCGAAACGCCGCAGAGGCAGGCCAUCAAAGCUCAGCGCGGCAGGAGCCGUGGACGCACGUGACGCACGUGCCACCCCUUCUGUUCGCGACCGGCAACACGAACGCGCUUCCUCUGCAACUUUCAGUACACCCAACAGAACUCGGUCUCCAAUGGCAAGCAAUUCAGUCGGGUAUGCGGCCUUUCGCCAAGUCGAACAUGGACCUGAUGGACAACCUCUUCCUAAGAAGAAAGGAAGGCCGGUUGGAUGGCGCAAGUCCAUCCACUCAAAGGAAGCACAGGCAAAAGCUACCGGUCUAUCGCCCCAGUCGGUUUCGGCAUCACGCCCAAGCGGCCUGCGCACUUCGCAAACGUCUAAUGGCGUGGUCAUGAUCGAAUCACGCUCACCUAGUGUGGUGACCAACAGGAAAGCGGCUUCCUUCAGCGUCUACAAAUGCGAAUGGAAGAACUGCAGUGCAGAGCUGCACAACAUGCUUACGCUGAGGAAGCACAUUGAAAAAUUUCACCAUGGUCUGAAUGGCCAACAGAAAUGGCCGUGUUAUUGGAAAUCCUGCGAAGAGAACGAACAUCACAUCGACAGGCGCACUGGCAAACCGAACGGUUUUCGCGUUCGGGAAGACUUGCGAGACCAUAUUGAGUUCGCUCACUUAGGGCCGAAGUCGUGGGAGCUUGGGGAUGGUCAUGCAGGUGGACUUUCGGAGUCCCAUGACUCCGCGAGCGAUGCAUACCUGUCUGACAGCCGGACAGGACGUCGAGUCACACCACUCGUGUCCGCACCGUCUAAGGAAGCAUUAGAGGCGGCCAUGGCAACACCAGCGCCGCCGGUUCCCAGGGGCCCAGGCAGGCCAAAGCUUCAACCUAAUGGAAAGAAGGGCUUGGAAGUACAGACAGAGCUUGAGAGGAAGAAGAAACUGGUUGGACCGGGCCUUGAUCGUGGAGGAGCCCGCCUGGCCAACGAGAAGAGACGAAUGGGUUUCAUUGACGACGAAGACUUUGAGGAGGUUGUAAGCGAUAGCGAUUGA